AUGGCGAGGGGGGAUGUUCGAGCCUACAACUACUACAACUACUACAACUACUGCAACUACUACAACUACUACAACUACUACAACUACUACAACUACUGCAACUACUACAACUACUACAACUACUGCAACUACUACAACUACCACAACAACUUGCAUACCCCACUUUGA